CAUAAGUUUGCACUCUCAAAUCGUUUCUUCGCGAUCGGAUCUCAUCGGAAGAGAGACACAAUUUCACGACGAGCGAUGGCUUCAGGUUUCAGCGGCGAUGAAACUGCUCCUUUCUUCGGAUUCCUGGGCGCUGCCGCCGCUCUCGUUUUCUCCUGUAUGGGAGCAGCGUACGGGACAGCAAAGAGCGGGGUUGGUGUGGCGUCGAUGGGUGUGAUGAGACCAGAGCUUGUAAUGAAAUCGAUUGUUCCGGUCGUUAUGGCUGGUGUGUUAGGUAUCUAUGGUCUGAUCAUAGCUGUCAUCAUCAGUACUGGAAUCAACCCAAAGGCCAAAUCUUACUAUCUCUUCGAUGGCUACGCUCAUCUCUCUUCCGGUCUCGCUUGUGGUCUCGCCGGUCUCUCCGCCGGUAUGGCUAUCGGCAUCGUCGGCGAUGCCGGUGUUAGAGCGAAUGCACAACAGCCAAAGCUGUUUGUGGGAAUGAUUUUGAUUCUCAUCUUUGCUGAAGCACUUGCCCUGUACGGUCUCAUUGUUGGUAUCAUCCUCUCUUCUCGUGCUGGUCAGUCUAGAGCCGAGUGAUAUCAGACGUUCGUUUCAUAUGUGCGAAACCCUUGUCAUGUUUUUGAUAUAUUUCACUUCCUUUUUGUGAGUUUUUGUUUUUCUCAUGAAAAAAACAAGCAAACAAUCAUUGAAUUUGGUUCUAUAUAUUUUUUUAAAAAAAUUUGCACACUGUAAGAAAUACCCCAAUAAGUAAUAAAUAUGAUGAUUCAGUGAUUUUAUU